CUACAAAUAGGGGCCGUUACGCUACACGUUCAUUAACCACAGGCUGCAGCUGAAGUGUCACUCUCCACACAGAAGUCAAGGGGACAAGAACGUCACUGCAGACAUGAGUCAAAUCUUGGAUAUUGAGCGCUGUGAUCUUGACAUUAAGAUCAACAGCAGCAGCCAUCACACAGAGCUGUGUGGAGAGGAGCGUUUGAUUGUAAGAAGGGGGCAGCCCUUCAAUAUCAUUUUACAUCUGAAGCUCGGCAGCAAAAAGUUCAAACCGGGUGAUACAAGCUUCACUCUUAUUGUUGAGACGGGUCCGUUACCCAGAAAAGAAUCAGACACAAAGGUUUCUUUUGGUUUAAGCGACUCAACACUGGUCAAUGAGUGGAGCGCGUCUGCCACUAAUGAUCCCUCCAGAAACACGGUGUCUGUAUUUAUCAGUUCCUCGCCCAAUGCCCCCAUAGGGGUCUAUUCUCUGACUCUGGACCAGGAUGGGCAGAAGACCAGUUUAGGACAGUUCACCCUGCUUUUUAAUGCUUGGUGCUCCAGAGAUGCUGUUUACAUGCGCAGUGAGACGAAGAGGCAGGAGUAUGUCUUGGCUCAAUAUGGGCAGAUCUACAGAGGAACACAUAAACGAAUCAAAGGGAAACCCUGGAACUUUGGACAGUUUGGACCAGGAAUACUGGAUAUCUGUCUGAAAAUCCUGGAUGAAAACCCAAAAUUUGUCUCUGAUGCUGACAAAGACUGCUCUGGCAGGAGAAAUCCCAUCUAUGUGACCAGGGUGCUGAGUGCUAUGAUCAACAGUAAUGAUGACAGAGGUGUGCUGGUGGGAAAUUGGAAAGAUUAUUCAGAUGGGGUUCAUCCAGGAACAUGGAUCGGCAGCGCGGACAUUUUGCAGCAGUGGACAGAAAGUGGCCCCGUCCGCUACGGCCAAUGUUGGGUCUUUGCUGCUCUUGCAUGCACAGUGUCCCGUGCCCUUGGCAUCCCAUGUCGAGUGGUUACUAACUUUGGAUCGGCUCACGAUUCUAACGCCAACUUGAUAAUAGAAAACAUGUAUGAUGAAGACGGUGAAAGAAUUUCUACUGGUGAUUCGAUAUGGAACUUCCACGUUUGGGUGGACAGCUGGAUGACUCGUCCUGAUUUGGGGACGGAGUUUGAUGGGUGGCAAACCAGUGACCCUACCCCACAGGAGACAAGUGACGGUGUUUUCUGCUGCGGACCAUCCUCUCUGAAGGCCAUCAGAGAAGGUGAGAUGACCAAGAAGUAUGAUGCUCCCUUUAUUUUUGCUGAGGUUAAUGCAGAUGUCGUGGACAUGGUGCGCCUGUCAAAUGGAAAGUUUGCACAGUUCAGUGGAUCAACUAAAUCUGUUGGACGCUUCAUCAGCACGAAAGCUGUGGGCUCAGAUGAGAGACACGACAUCACACACAAGUACAAGUAUCCGGAAGGCUCAAAGGAGGAAAGGCAGGUGUAUGAGAAGGCUCAACACCACAACAAGCUACAGCAGCGAGGCGCAGAGCCGGGGCUCCAUAUCAAGAUCAAACUGGCUGAUAACAUGAUAGUGGGCUCGGACUUUGAGGUGCAGGCUGUCCUCACGAACAACAGCUUGGAGGCGAGGACCUGCACCUUCCUGUUCUUUGCCAAAGCUGUCGGCUACAACGGAAAACUGGGAGAUAGCUGCGGAUUUAUUUCAGACAAAGUGAAUGUGCCCUCUGAAGAAGAAAGGCGCCUGUCCCUGAGACUGGAGUAUGACCGCUAUGGAUCAGUGAUCACCUCUGACAGGUUGAUCCAAGUGUCAGCCAUCACCAUCGACAAGCAGAUUACACAUUACCAUAAGGCUGAGAAGACCAUUGUGCUGGACGAACCAGAUAUAGAGAUCAAGCUGGUGGGAGAAGCCACAGUGAAGCAGUUUGUGACGGCGGAGCUGACCUUGUUCAACCCUUUACCAGAGCCGCUGCAGGACUGCAGCUUCACCGUGGAGGGGGUCGGCCUCAUCGACGGCAAACCCAUAACAACGAGGAUUGGAGAUGUGGGCCCAAAACAGGAAGCCAAAGCCAGCGUUGAGUUCAGUCCCUCCAGCGCCGGCUCCAGCGUGCUGAUGGUUAACUUUGAUAGCCACAAACUGAAGAACAUCAAGAGCUUCAUCAAUGUUGUUGUGAAGGAAGGAGACAGUGUAGAUGUCUAACAGUAACAGCUUUUUAUCUAGUUGAUUCUUUUCAUUCACUUACUUAUCCAUAUAUUAUACUCACAUUUCUACAACAAUAGUUUUUUCUUGAUAAAUUUCAUAAUGAAACACAAUAAUCCACAUUCACUUACCAUUAGGUAGAGUGCUUCUGUAGUGGGAUACACAACUAUUAUUACUUGUAGUAAAAUAAGUUGAAUGACUAUUAACUGUGUAUUCAUUUUGAUUUGGUUACAUUUAAAUGUGAAAAUAAAGCCACUGUGCCACAGCUGUAGGUAAAACAAGUGUGUUGAAGGGAGGAGCGCUUUCUCACCUCUUUGUAGGAAACAUUUUGUUAUUGGUGAUGAAGAACAAAAUACAAUUUACUAACUUGCUAAAAA